AUGUUUGCUACGAUCUUGAAAGGCCUCGCUGUAAUCAUACUCUUCCUAUUUCUACAACACAGUUCCAUCCACUUCUUUCGACAGAAAACAACCAUGUAUAAUACACCUAAACUGUGUCGCCUGAUAAUCGCUGCAGAUGGUCAGUUCACCAACAAAACAAAUCUGUUGUCACCCUACGAGUCUCGCGCACUCUUCAAUUCCAGAUUUAAAAGGGCGUUUUGCAUUCGAAAUGCGUUCACGAGCUCCGAUGAAGACUUUGUGACCCAGCACGUGAAGGACAUCAAGAUGCUUAUAAAUCUCACUCCUCUGGAUUGGAACCAUCUGUCCCAGUCUCUCCAAGAAUCAGCACGCUACUGGGUCAACUCAUCACAGGGUACAAUCCACUUGGCCAGUAUUACUCAGACACUUACGUUGAGAUUGGUGCUGGUGGGGAUAUUCAAACUAGAACCUAAGAUCCCACCUUCUGGAGACCUCUUCUUCGCCGACUUUGCACGAUGCAUCAACGAAUCCUGGAUCUUAGCUAAAGGGCCCGAUAUCCUUUCAUUUGAAGGCAAUGAAGAGCUACGGGACUGCGUCACUGCUUUCUUUCCGUCAUCUGAUCAGUUUCAGCCCGACGAAAAUCCGCUAAAUGUGAUCCUUCCGGGCUAUGAGACCAGCUGGAGGGUGGCGCUACGCAUGUUCCUCGAGAUCAGGCGUAGUCGCAAUGAGGUUUGGGUUGAUAAGAUGGUGAGCUUUGCACUGCAUCCUACGAAGGUGCAAUUCCAGGAAAACGGCGACGGCAUUUCUGCUGAAGUAAUGGUCUCUGAGGCUCUUCGUCUGUAUCCACCUACCCGACGCAUCCGCCGAACAUUCCGCUUCGAUGAUGGCAGGAAUGGACAUAUCUGGGGGACAAACGCUCUGGAAUACAAACCUUCGCGGUUUGCUACAUUGACCGAGGAACAGAAGGAAGCUUACAUGCCCUUCGGCAUCUCUCCCUUUCUUUGUCCUGCAAAGCCUGUCUUCGGGCCUAGAAUUAUCGGGAUGGUUGUUGGGAUUCUAUUCCUCGCAUUGCAGGAGGUAGGGAGCUGGAGGCUAGUUGGUAGGGAUAAGCACUCUGCUAAUGACUAUGUGUCUGGUGAGCGAUUGAACAAUGACCGCAGUGCAUUUGAUGAUUUGUUUUUGUAUCUGAACGAGGAGAUGCGAGGCUGA